AAAACUUGCCAUUCUUUCUGAUAAAUUUCGUCUCAAAUGGAUGCCAAGAAUGUCGAUCCGCCGGGGCCGGAAAAUCAGAACAAGGCAACAGUCAAUGCCCUUUACAAAGCAGUAGCAAUCGGCGAUGUCACCACUGUUGCCGGAGUUGUUGCUAGUGACCUAGAAUGGUGGUUCCACGGCCCACAAAACUGUCACUAUAUGAUGAAAAUGCUGACCGGAAUAUCGUCUCCGACGGCAUUCAAGUUUGAGCCUCGUCGCAUUGACGCUAUUGAUGACUGUGUAAUUGUGGAAGGGUGGGAAGGAGCCCAGAUUUACUGGGUGCAUGUUUGGUCUUUAAAAGAUGGCUUAAUUACUCAGUUUAGAGAAUAUUUCAAUACUUGGCUGACUGUCACAGAUUUUAGAAGCUGUUUGAGUUCAAUUCUGUUGUGGGAAAGCCACCCUAAAGCCGUUGGCAAACGCUCAUUGCCGGAGCUUAUGCUUGCCAUUUGACGGCGGCAAUGGACGGUGUUCAUAAAUCAUAGUACACCUCCUUCUUCUUAAACAAUUGAACUAAUUAAUGCUGUAAUUAAAUAUUAUACUCUAAAAGAAUGCAGCUUUUUAUCGGGUGGAACUGGUAAUUUCUAAAAGAAAAUUUCUUUGUAAAAUCUUGAUUACCAUCUUAAUUGUGAGCGUG